CCCAUGUCUGAAAUUUGCUUUUUCUCAGCAGGCUGUCCACCCCGCCCGCCCGCGCUGCAGCUCCCAGACGCCUCCUUUUGUCUGGCUUUCUCUUCUUUCUUUCCUGUUUCUUCUCAAACUUCAGGAAACUAAACCUGAGCCAGCAGGUUGAAGCUAACAUGACCUCAGAGAAGGACAGCAAUGGACUCGACAACUAUGCGUUUGCGCUGGAAGGACGUUUCUGUGAAAAAGGAGAAGAUCUGGACUCGUCUAUCGACGAAGACACGAACAAACUGGCUUACUGCGUGACAGACGUCCCGCCCUGGUACCUCUCCAUCCUCUUAGGCACUCAGCACUGUUUGACUGCCUUUGGCGGCAUCAUCGCCAUCCCCCUCAUCCUGUCGCAGGGCCUGUGUCUGCAGCAUGACGGCCUCACUCAGAGCUACCUCAUCAGCACCAUCUUCUUCGUGUCUGGACUCUGCACCUUGCUGCAGGUCACCUUCGGCAUCAGGCUUCCCAUUCUUCAAGGCGGCACGUUCACGCUGCUGGCUCCCUCCAUGGCGAUGCUCUCCAUGCCAGAGUUUACGUGUCCUGCCUGGACCCAAAACGCCAGCUCAGUCAACACUUCGUCCACAGAGUUCAUAGAAGUGUGGCAGAGUCGGAUGAGAGCUCUGCAGGGCUCCAUCAUUGUGGGCUCCCUCUUCCAGGUGUUUGUUGGAUUUUCAGGCCUCAUCGGCCUCUUCAUGCGCUUCAUUGGACCUCUCACCAUUGCUCCCACUAUCGCUCUCAUUGGCCUGUCGCUGUUUGAUUCAGCUGGGAGCAGCGCUGGAAACCACUGGGGCAUCUCUUCAAUGACCACAGCCCUGAUCAUCCUGUUUUCACAGUACCUCCGUCACAUAGCCAUGCCCUUUCCUACAUACAGCAAGGAUAAAAAGCUUCACACUUCUCGAGUCUACAUCUUUCAGAUUCUCCCUGUCUUGUUGGGAAUCACAGUUUCUUGGCUCAUUUGUUACAUCUUGACGGCGUAUAACGUUCUUCCUGCUGAACCAGGGCAGUACGGUUACCUCGCACGCACAGACCUAAAAGGGGACGUAAUCAGCCAAGCUCCCUGGUUUACCUUCCCAUAUCCAGGGCAGUGGGGGAAGCCCACAGUGAGCCUGGCCGGCGUGGUGGGGAUCCUGGCCGGGGUCAUCUCCUCCAUGAUCGAGUCUGUUGGGGAUUAUCACGCAUGCGCAAGAUUAUCUGGAGCGCCGCCGCCACCGAGACACGCCAUCAACCGCGGCAUAGGCAUCGAGGGAAUCGGCUGCCUGCUGGCUGGAGCGUGGGGAACCGGAAACGGAACCACCUCCUACAGCGAGAACGUCGGCGCGCUCGGUAUCACCAAGGUCGGGAGCCGCGUGGUCAUCGUGGCCAGCGGGUUGUUCAUGGUUGCCAUGGGGAUACUUGGUAAAAUGGGUGCUGUGUUUGCAACCAUCCCCUCUCCGGUGAUCGGAGGCAUGUUCAUGGUCAUGUUUGGUGUCAUCUGUGCAGCAGGAGUCUCUAAUUUGCAGUACGCAGACAUGAAUUCAUCCAGAAAUAUCUUCAUCUUUGGCUUCUCCAUGUUCUCUGGUUUGGUCAUUCCCAACUGGAUAUUAAAGAAUCCCAAAGCUAUAGCUACAGGUGUGGUAGAGUUCGACCAGAUGCUGCAGGUUCUUCUGACAACCAGCAUGUUUGUUGGCGGUUUCUUCGGCUUCGUGCUGGACAACACCGUCCCAGGAUCGAAGCAGGAGCGCGGCAUCCUGGCCUGGAACAAAGCUCACGAAGACGAUUCGUGUGAAACUCUGGAGACCGGACAGGUUUACAACCUCCCAUUUGGCCUGUCCUCCUACCUGUCCUCCCUCUCCUGGCUGCGCUACGUCCCGUUCUGCCCGCCGGGCCUGUCCAGCUCCCUGGAUCCCAAGCAGCCGCUGGGAACUCCAGACCCGGGUCAGAUCAUGAUCGGAGUUGGGUUGUGAGUCACGGUGAAACCGUCAUUUGGGAUUUUCCAAACACACCACCAGAGGCAGCUCAGACUCUGUAACAUCUCAGAGACGGUGUACUGUAGCAACAGAGUUUGGAUCUUUUAAUCUUUCAUUUCACAUCAGGUUUAACUGCUACGUUGAGUUUUAGAUGAAAUCAAGUGGUGAAGUCAGAAAAGAAGGACAUGAAGAAGUAAAAACGUAAUCUCUGCCAUUUCUUAGAAAUAAAAAGGCGACUGCAGAGCGAAGACACUUUGACGGGACAAAGUUCAGAAACAUGCAGCAGCAGGCGAAUGCSACCCAAAUCUGAUGUUUUCACAGCAGGAUGUGGAGUCGGACCAGGAGUCAUUAUUAUCAUUUUCAGCCAUUAUUUACAUCCAGAUUCACCGUCUGGCUUCUUCUGCUGCUGCUUUAUGACACACGUCUCACAUCAGGGACGUAAAAGUCGGAUAAAGUUUGACGUGAGCCGUCAGACUGUGAAAACUGUCUGAUACCAUUUAGUUCCACAUAUAGAAGUGAAACAGGUCAGUUGUUGUCAGUUUAACCCCUGACAUAAGUAUAUAACUCUGCAAAAGAAACACGGAGACAGAGAUUAGAAUUCAACUCGCUGCGAGGAGAGGUGUUCGGAGAUGCAACCAGUCACAUGCCCCAAACAAACUCUGGCUUGCAUUCCGCUCUCCCCGCUUUUUAUUUGGGGAAAAGCCCUGGUUACAAAUGGUUUCUAAAGGUGGGGGAGCAAACAGGCUGAAACUGGUUUACAGUAUGCAUUCCUCUUCCUUCUCCAGAUGCCCCCAACUGGCCUUCUUCUCCUUAUAAGGUAAUGGUCAGCAUGCAUUGUUGACACCAGCAACUCUGUCUGCUGGCGUCCUGGAGCGGGGGUGGUUUUACAACCACAUGAAACAAAUAUGUGACACAAGUUUCUACUAAAUCCACACACUAUUCAUAUACAGAAGAGAUACUUUUAUAGAUAACUACAUUAUUUAGAAUGAAAACUAAUAAGUAGAAAAAGAUAAUAUAACAUUUAUCCAACAGUUGUUCAAAACAUUGGAAUUAGGACAUUCAGGCUGCCGUACAAAUAAAAUAAAAUAAAAUAAAAUGAAUAAAUGAAUCAGAUGUGGGUCGUAUCGCCUGCUGUUUGAACGCAGCCUGUUUGUGCUGAACCUCCAGGACUCCUGAUGUUUUUUUAUCUGUUUUUUUUUCAUGCAGGCUACAUGAACAAAGCAAAAGCUGAAUUUAAAAAAAGUCUGUGGCAGGAUUUGUAAAAAUGUAAACAUAACUGUUGGCAUGCAGAGAAAAGUUUCUGCUUCUCACGUUUCAACAGUGAUCAGUAACUUAAAUUGGUAAAAGGAGUGAAACAUGUCUGCUGACCUGCUGCUGCUGGAUACAUUUUUUGGAAAGAUAUUUAAUCCAGUGGUGCUUUGCUUUGAAAUCCAAGAUGGUUUAUUAUUUACAGUGGAUCCUUAAUUACAAGAGAUUAAAAUUAAUCCAACACAGACACUCUUAUUAAAGUUUCAGAUAUUUUUCACUCAUAUUUGCAUAUUAUUUUCACUUUGUUUUGCUGUGACUCGUUUAAAGUUGUUCUGUUUUCGGUCUCAGAUGUCAGUUACAUGCAGGUGCUACUAAAUCAAAUAUCCGAUGUAAAUAUGAUGUAAAUAUGGGAUUUCACACUUGAAUAUUUCAGUGAUUUCUGUUCAGUUCAUUUCUGAUUCUCAUUUCUUUCAGUUGCAGCAUCUAAUAUUGAACGUUUAAAGUGACGUACAUUAAACUUAAACACUGAACCCUCA